AUGGCUCGAGGCGCGGUUCCCCUGCCACCAUCUCCAGAUCAAGCAAAAGGGUCAGAGGCAGCGGCCGUGCCGGCUGUGAUCUCCGUGGAGCUGGACCCGGUGAAUGCCAUGGUGGCGCGCUCCGUCCACUGCCUCGCCGGUUUGGCCGGCGAGAUAGAGGUUUGGGUCGGGAACAGCAGCGACGUCGCCCACUACGUCCUGGAGCGCUUCGGAGAGCGUUCUGUGGCCAUGAUCUUCAUGGAUCAUCGAGGGAGCCUCUUCCACGAGGACUUGAGGAGCUUUGAGGAGAUGAAGCUGCUUCAACAUGGCUGCCGAGUUCUGGCGGACAACACUUUGAAGCCGGGUGCACCACUCUUCUUAUGGCAUGUCACCAGAAGUCCGGCCUUUGCCACGGAGCUCGUGAUGGUUCCCGAGUUUGGGCUGGGCCACCAGGUCUUGCAGGAUUGGGUGGCUGUUAGCUGCUAUGACCUGGGUGCAGAGGGCAGCAGCACAGAGCCACCACCUUUGGCCGUGGCGGAGCUCUCGGAGCGCUGCGACGCCCUGAGGCGUCGGAGCCUCGCCGGCGGUCUGACCUCCCAGGACUGGGCGAAGCAUGCGGAGGAGAUGGAGUCUGGCCUGAGAGCACUGGGCAUCGAAGCCACCGUGGCGAGCGGAGAUCUGCUCACCUUCAAGCUCCACUACCGCCGAACUUUUAUCGACAUGGAUGAAGAGCCCUGGCACAGCCUGAGGGCACGUGCUGCUAGCUGUCCUCCGAGCAUGGGAGAGGGCGAAGAAACAACGGAGGAGCAGGAGGAGUCAAAGACCCACGAGCUCUAUUUAGAGAAGGUGGUUCGGGAGGCAUCCAGAUUCCAUGCCCGCCGCAGCCGUGGAAGCAUAGGCCACCCCGAAGUCUGUCGCCGGCCUUGUGUCUUUUUGUCGGCCGGGCGCUGCGGCCAAGGCGAGGGCUGCGGGUACUGCCACUGUGAACAUAACGAACCUCGAGCCCGCCCGGACAAGAAGCAAAGAGCGGCGCUUCAAGGCCUGCAGCAGGACGACCUUUUUGCUGUAGUGCUACCACAUCUACAGGUCCGUGCAGAGCAACCGCAGCUUCGGGGCAAAGCCACGCAGCUUCUGCGGAUCGUGGAGGGCAUCUCAGUCACCACGAGCCCCUGCUCGAGCCCUUCUGCAAGCUCAUGCUCUACGAGGUCCGGCACACUUGCGGACAGCAAGCUCAAGUCCCUCCACAAAACGCUGGAGCGAAUGACAUUCUCAGGCUUGGUAGCACUACUUUGUGAGAGCAUUGCCAAAGGCAACACUCGAGAUCAGCUGCUGCAAGCUCUGGAGGAUUUGCGUGCCCAGUACGACAUACCUCUAUGA